GUGUGUGUGUGACAGGGAGAGAGAGAGCGCGAGAGGAGAGCGAGAGAGCGAGCUGCGAGCUGUGCUGCCGCCGCCGCUGCCCUUUGAUCCCGACAUUAGUGUUAGGGGCUCGGAGACACAGCGCGCGGCCAUAGACACCGCCGCACCGGCGCUCAUUUAUUUAUACCUCCCAUCACACGCGAGCACCGGACACACACACACCUAUUAGAUCCGUUUCCAUUGAAGACUAUUACGCUCGGGGACAAGCCAGGUGCACGACCAAAAAAUUAAAAAAAAAAAAAAAAGGAAAAAAAGAAAGAAAGAAAGGAAAGAAGAGAAGAAAACCCCUCUUCUGGCUCCAGGAAACAAGCUUCAACCCAUUGCACACACCGGAGAGAAGGGGUUUCCCCCUGCCCGCCCCCCAGCUACCUCCCCGCUCCUGCCAGUGUCUGCUGUCUGCCCCCACGGGGGUUUAUUUGAUCUCACAUUAACCGAGGAGGAGAAUGUGAGAAAAGGGGGAAAAUGCCCAGGAGGAAGCAGGAGCAGCCCAAGCGCCUUCCCUCACAUGUUAGUAGGCAGGACGAGGCCGAGGGAGAGUUCAGCGAAGGAGAGCACUGGUAUGGGAACUCCUCAGAGACUCCGUCGGAAGCAUCCUAUGGGGAAGUCCAGGAGAACUAUAAGCUGUCCCUGGAGGACCGGAUCCAAGAGCAGUCCACAUCCCCCGACACCUCCCUGGGCAGCGCCACCCCCAGCAGCCACACGCUGGAGCUGGUGGCGCUCGAUGGUGAGGUCCUUCGAGACUCACUGCAGUGUCAAGACCAUCUUUCGCCUGGAGUGUCUUCUGUGUGUGACGAUGACCCACCCAGUUCCAAUAAACCUCUGAGCAGCAACUUGAGGCGGCUGCUGGAGGCCGGGUCCCUUAAACUCGACGCCACGGCCAAUGGCAGGGUGGAGUCCCCUGUGAAUGUCGGCCCCAGUUUGUCAUUUUCCCCGCCCUCCCACCAUGCCCAGCAGCUCAGUGUCCUGGCCAGGAAGCUGGCAGAGAAGCAGGAUCAGAACGACCAAUACUCCCCAAGUAACCGUUUCCUAUGGAAUCAAGGUAAGUGGUUGCCAGACUCAACCACCACCUGUGGCCUGUCCCCAGAUUCGGCCAUCCUCAAACUGAAAGCCGCAGCCAAUGCUGUUCUGCAGGACAAGUCCCUGUCCCGGACAGAGGAGAGCCUGAGGUUUGAACCCUUCUCCUCCCCCUUCAGCUCCCAGUCUGCGAGCUCCACUCUGGCAGCUUUGUCUAAAAAAGUGAGUGAGAGAAGUCUGACCCCGGGCCAGGAGCACCCGCCUCCAGCCAGCUCUUUCCUGUCGCUGGCCUCUAUGACCUCCUCUGCAGCCCUUCUGAAGGAAGUGGCCGCCAGGGCCGCGGGCAGCCUCCUGGCUGAGAAGUCAUCCUUACUGCCCGACGACCCUCUACCACUGCCGCCUUCUGAGAAGAAGCCAGAAAAGGUCACCCCACCACCACCACCACCUCCGCCCGCACAGCCUCAAUCCUUGGAAUUAUUGUUACUUCCAGUUUCCAAGGGAAGAGUCUCCAAGCCCUCCAAUUCAGCCCCAGAAGAAGAGAGCGGGAAGCCUUUCCAGUGUCCAAUAUGUGGUUUGGUUAUAAAGAGGAAGAGUUACUGGAAGCGGCAUAUGGUGAUUCACACAGGUUUAAAAAGUCACCAGUGUCCGCUCUGUCCAUUCCGGUGUGCUCGCAAGGACAAUCUCAAAUCCCACAUGAAGGUUCAUCAGCACCAGGACCGGGGAGAGACCUUUCAGUGCCAGCUGUGCCCCUUCACUUCCUCACGCCACUUCAGCCUGAAACUGCACAUGCGCUGCCACCAGCACUUCCUGAGGACAGAGGCCAAGGUGAAGGAGGAGAUCCCAGACCCAGAUGUCAAGGGAUCUCCCCACCUCAGUGACAGUGGCUGCCUGGGGCAGCAGAGGGAAGGAGGAGGGACAGAGCUAGUGGGGGCCGUGAUGACGUCCGAUACUCCAGAGAGGACUGGCCAGGGUAGGGCUGGCGUGGCACCUUUGCUGGUGAAGGAGGAGCCCAAGGAAGAUAACGGCCUGCCCGCCUCCUUUACCCCGAAUGCUGCCGACAGGCCCGCCAACCACACAAAGCUGAAAGACCCCACCGAGUAUGUGUCCAACAGUGCGGCAGCAUUGUUCAGCCAGGACAUCUCGGUUAAGAUGGCCUCCGAUUUUCUCAUGAAGCUGUCAGCUGCCAACCAGAAGGAGCCCAUGAAUCUUAAUUUUAAAGUGAAGGAGGAGCCCAAGGAAGAGGAGCCGCUAAGCACGCCUUUGCCUCGGUCCAGCUACGUGUUCAGCCCGGAACCGGAAGUGGUGGCCCCUAGCCUCCCCGAGGACCCGCUGACACCCCAGGAAGGCAAGGGGAACGUGCCGAGGCGGGACAUGUCUGCCAAAGCUGCCUCAGAACUCCUCAUGAAACUCUCAGCAGAAAGCUCCAAGGAAACGCAGGCGGUGAGGGUGAAGGAGGAGCCCAUGGAGGUGGACAUCCAGGACCCCCCGGUCUCCAUGUCACCCGGCCGGAACGUUGGCUACAGCACUUUAAUGGGGCGAGAGAAAGCUGAACCCUUACAGAAGCUUCCAGAAGGCAGAGUUCCCCCGGAGAGAAAUCUCUUCAGCCAGGACAUCUCGGUGAAGAUGGCUUCUGAGCUUCUUUUUCAACUCUCAGAAAAAGUGAGCAAAGAACACAAUCACACGAAGGAAAAUACCAUCCGGACGACCACCAGCCCUUUCUUUUCAGAAGACACAUUUAGACAAUCACCAUUCACCUCCAAUUCUAAAGACCUGCUGCCCGGAGAAGCCGUGCUGCAUGGAAGAAUACCGGCUGCAGAGACAGAGAAGAUAGUCCUUGAGGCAGGAAAUGGAUUGCCCUCCUGGAAGUUCAAUGACCAGCUCUUUCCGUGCGAUGUGUGUGGGAAAGUUUUCGGCCGACAGCAGACCCUGACUCGGCACCUCUCGCUGCACACAGUUUUGGUUUCUCCCCCAGAGGAAAGAAAAUACAAAUGCCAUUUGUGCCCCUAUGCUGCUAAGUGCCGUGCAAAUCUGAACCAGCACCUGACCGUACACUCUGUGAAGCUGGUGAGUACCGACACCGAGGACAUCGUCAGCGCCGUCACCUCUGAAGGCAGUGACGGGAAGAAACACCCUUACUAUUACAGUUGCCAUGUGUGUGGAUUUGAGACGGAGCUCAAUGUCCAGUUUGUAAGCCACAUGUCCCUCCACGUGGACAAGGAGCAGUGGAUGUUUUCCAUUUGCUGCACGGCCUGUGACUUUGUCACCAUGGAGGAAGCAGAGAUAAAGAAUCACAUUGGCACCAAGCACACAGGGGAUGACAGGAAGACCCCCAGUGAAUCAAACAGCCCCUCCUCAUCCUCGCUGUCAACUCUGAGUGAUUCAGCCAAUGGCAAAGAUGACUCAGACAGCUCCCAGAAAAACAAGAGUGGGAACAACUUGCUGGUCAUCUCCGUGGUACCUGGGAGCCAGCCCUCCCUGAGCAGCGAGGAAAAGCCAGAGAAAGGGUUUGAAUGCGUUUUUUGCAACUUUGUCUGCAAGACGAAGAAUAUGUUUGAGCGGCAUCUGCAGAUCCACCUCAUCACCCGGAUGUUUGAGUGUGACGUGUGCCACAAGUUCAUGAAGACCCCCGAGCAGCUGCUGGAGCAUAAGAAAUGCCACACUGUCCCCACCGGUGGGCUCAAGUGCCCGUUCUGCAUUUACUCCACCAACCGCCCUGCUGCCAUGGAGUGCCACCUCAAGACCCACUACAAGAUGGAGUACAAGUGCCGGAUCUGCCAGGCAGUGAAGCCCAACCAGCUGGAGCUGGAGACGCACACCCGCGAGCAUCGCCUGGGCAACCACUACAAGUGUGACCAGUGCGGCUACCUGUCUAAGACGGCCAACAAGCUCAUCGAGCAUGUGCGUGUGCACACCGGGGAGCGGCCUUUCCACUGUGACCAGUGCAGCUACAGCUGCAAGCGCAAGGACAAUCUCAAUCUGCACAAGAAGCUGAAGCACGCCCCCCGCCAGACCUUCAGCUGCGGAGAGUGCCUGUUCAAGACCACACACCCCUUUGUCUUCAGCCGCCAUGUGAAGAAGCACCAGAGCGGGGACGGCCCCGAGGAGGACAAGAAAGGCCUGAGUCCAGCCGCCAGAGAGCCAGCUGGCCCCGGAGCCCCACUCCUGCUUGUGGGGGGUGGCCGGAGUCUCUUGUCCCCUCUGUCAGUCAUGUCAGCCUCGCAGGCUCUGCAGACCGUGGCCUUGUCAGCAGCCCACGGCCACGGCAGCAGCUCGGAGCCCAACCUGGCACUCAAGGCCUUGGCCUUCAACGGCUCCCCGCUGCGUCUGGACAAAUACCGGAACUCGGAUUUUGCCCAUCUCAUUCCCUUGACAAUGCUGUACCCCAAGAGCCACCUGGACCUCACAUUCCACCCUCCCCGACCCCAGACUGCGCCUCCCAGCAUCCCCUCCCCCAAACACUCCUUCCUCGCCUAUCUUGGACUAAGAGAAAGAGCAGAGACUGUCUGAGGACAGCCAUGUUCUGUACCAAAAACCAAGAGACAGAGACGGGAAAAGACAAAAACCCACAAAACUUAAACACAACCCCAGCAGGUGUAUGUUGCUGCAAAACCUACAGGCCCCAGGGGCCUGGACCAUGUGUACUGUAUAUCUUAGUAAGGAGUAGAAAAUUGGCUCUGUAUGUAUACCUAUUGCAUUGACCUGAAAGCUGCUUUAGCCAAUCUUCAGAGAGGUGUUGCUGCCUCCUUCUACCCUCAGAGGCAUGCCUCCCCAGCCAUCACUCCCACUCUCAGCCCUCCAGAGUACUUCUCUCUGAAAGGAAUUUUGUCAUGUCAAACCCUAAAGAGAGUGUCCUUAAUAGCAAUCAGCACUUGGAGGCUUCUCCACUGGUACAUUGGGUUUUCUGUUGGGUGACUGGGGUGUUGUGGACAUUUGUGGACUGGGAAAGAGAAAGUGUGUGUGUGUGUGUGUGUGUGUGUGUGUGUGUGUGUGUGUGUACGUGUGUGUACGUGUGUGUACGUGUGUGUACGUGUGUGUACGUGUAUGCAUGCGUGCAUGCGUGCGGUGGCAUGUGUGUGGUAUGGUGUGUGUGUGUGUGUGUGUAUGUGUGUGUGUGUGUGGUGUGUGCCAUGACAUUUCUAUUGCACAUUCUUUUGUAACGACCUCUUUGACAGUGAUGAACAUUCUUUCUCUCCCUUCUGGAUUGUUCACCCACUACAGUCUCCCCACCUCCUUCUCGGCCUUUCUCUCCUUAGUUUAUCGCUACAGAGUGGUAGGGCCUGGUGCUUAGUGGAUGAAGAUCUGCAGGGUGCCGGGAUAUCCCCAGGCUCGAAGCCUGGAGCUCACAUCUCUAAGCUAAGAAAGAUGGAGAGAGCCAGGUAACAGUUCUGUUAAGAAAUGUCUCACAGCUCCGCAGCUGACAUCACAAAACUUGGGUGUUCUGUGUGUGUGCCCACAUGGAGACAAGGUCUUUGGUGAAUGCACGCAUGCACACACACACACACACACACACACACACACACACACACACACACACACACAGGGAGGGGAAGCGCAUCCUUUUUAAAGGGCAGAAUAUGUGUGUGUGAUGUAUUGAUUCAGUUGCUAUCAUUGUUUGCAGGAAAAAAAAUUGUAUUUGUGGAAAUUUUUAUGGUUGAUAAAUCCAGCCGAGGAGAUUAAAGGGGUUUGGAUCGAUUCUGGGUGUAAAUGCUCAGACUAAAAAGAAACGGCAGCUUUGCACAGGGCGUGGGCCUUGCACUAGUUUUGUUUCUCGUUGGGGGAAAGGAAUAAGUAAAAGAAAAGGAAGGAAUUGUACCUUUUUUAUGGAAGGAGUAGACUGUAUGUUUGAGAUUUUAGCCACGACCUCUUGACGUAUUAGGAAGGACACAACAAAAGGUGCUCUUAGUCCUGUGCCUCCCCGACGCCCAGGAGUCCCCUCCGUUGGCAGAGCCUCUGGCUAGAGUGUAACCUCCAUGUACUAGUGACCCCGUAUCCGUUCUGUUAACGCCUAGUGGAUGUAGCCCUGCUAGGAGGCUGACUUUAUACUUAUUUAAAGCUCUUACUUUACGGUCAUUAAAAUGGCAGUGUACUGCAGCACUUUACUGCAGCAAGAAGCAGGUGUGAAUUGGUUGCAUAGCCCUUUGCUUAUCUUAAAAAGUAACGGAUGAUUUAAAAAGGAAAAGAAAAUCUUUGGCUGAUUAUGUUCACUGCUUGUAUUUGUAAGACAGCAGAAUUUCCAGUAUGCAACAGGUUGAAAGAGCAGGAAGAAAUGUGCUUUGUAUGGAAAUGAGAAGUUUGGAAUAUGAAAGUUUCUCUGUUAUUUAUCGGAGGAAGAAUUGGUGUCCAGGAGGAAUGCUUUCUCGCUGUUGCUCGUUCCCCUCACUGUAUUAUCCUCGGGUGGGACAGUGCCCACUUUCCUUGUUCCUUUCUUUAACUAGGGGGAGUGAAAGCAUCCUGAUCUCUUCCUCUAGGCGGGAUUGCUUCGCUGAUUAGUGCAGUGACGGAAAGCCAGAAGACUGUACAUCUCCACAGCAUUGGCUCCCCAUCCCCUCUCAGCCUCCCUCUCGCAAACCUAGCAGGUCUCUUUCCCUCCCCGCCCGUCGUCCAGCCAUAGGUGAGGAGCCUGAUUAGGACCCUGGCAAAACAAGUUUACACUACGGAGAUGUCCACAAAGGCAAGGAGACCAACCAGCUAGCCCAGGAAGGCCCCAGAGCCUCAGUCGAUCUCCUGCAGAGACCUUUGCUCUUGGCCUUGUGUGAAACGCUGUUCAACUCGCCAUGUCGAUAUCUCGGUAAAAGACACUCUAGACACCUCUGGACAAUAUGCCCCCAAGGUCACUGGGUUUAUGGGUGGGUUUGUUGUUUUUUUAUUUGCUUUUGUUUUUUGUUUUAAAGUCAUGUUUUUAUCCCCAUUUAAUGGAGAAUGUGCCACUUGGCUAAUAAUGUGUUUUCAAAACUGCAGGUUCAGUGUCAGCAGUACAGGGCCACAGUGGUCCCCCGGAGGUGGGCAGAAAGGCGACUCCCACAGAAGCACCCACAGGUUAAGAACCUGAGUGGGUGACCCUGAAAACGCGGACCCUGGGUUUUACAGCAUGCCACUUGUGCAAUAAGAGGUCUUCGGGAGGGAGCGUGGGAGAGCGAAGGGGGAGGUGGAUGGAGACGUUUCUGCUCAGAUGACAUGCCUUUCACUGCUUGCCACUGAACCUGUGUUUGAAUGACUUAGUAAUGCUUAAUGUAAUUGGGCAACUUUUUUAGCACUUUGGAAAGAGUCAUCAAUCUUUCUGGUAAAUUAUAAAGUUUUCUGAGUGAGAAAACGUGUGUUUGCAGUUUGUUUGACUUUUUAUAUUAUUGUUGUUAUUAAUAAAGAAGAAAAUCUACAGCAUUUUUCAGAAUCCACCUAGAUAAAAUGUGCCCCUGAAUCUGGUUUGCUGAUUGAUACCCAGGGAAGGAUGUAUUCCGUAGACAUCCUUCCCGUGAAAAACACUAACACCUUUGAGACACUCGCCUAGCAGCUGACUUUAGUUCGGCUUUCACUCUGCAUUCUCCCAUGGAAGCUGCCCGCUUUUCCAUAGAGUGAUGCAGUUAGGGUCCUCAGCACUUUCCUCUCCUUUUUUUUUUUUUUUAAACUCCUCAUAUUAUGUUCAGAUGAUAAUACUGUCAAGGUUUGUGUACAUGACUGGGAUUUGUAUUGUAUAAAGCUUUUGCAUUCAAGGCUGUACAGGGUCAUUUUGACAGUAACUGGUAUUCUCCUUUGCAUCUUACGUUGCAUUGCCGAUUUCUAGUGUAUCCAGUUUGGAAGUAUAAUAUACUCUAAUUAAAAAAGGUUGGCUAUA